AUGGGCUGUUGCUCUAGCAGUCCUGCCACGGCCACGCCGCCAUCGCCCAUCAAGCCGACUAAGCAGCCAACGCCGGAGUUGGUGAAGCACACAACGGCAAUAGCAGGACAUGGCUUCAACGUGGCACAUGAGCCAACCCUGCGGAAUGAUAUGCCCGACUUCAAAGCGCAAGAGAUCUCCUGGGAAAACGAGCUCCAAGAUCCAGUCUCCAGCUGGGAAGUCACAGGUAUUCCAGAAGGAUAUCCCCGCGGCAAACUGCUGCCACCUGAUCGUAAGCUCCACGAAAAGCACGUCCCUUUGCCGUUGCGACAGAGAUUUCUUUGGAAGGUACCAUGA